AUGGAUAAGAUGCACCCUCUACUCAAGUACAUAUCAGCUGACAUCCUGAAGCUAGCAGGAAACUACGUUGGUAACAUCAGACACUAUGAGAUCAGCCAGCAAGACAUCAAGGUGUCCAUGUGUGCAGACAAGGUCCUAAUGGACAUGUUUGACCAGGACGAGGACAUCGGUCUGGUGUCUCAGUGUACGGAGGAGCCGUCGUCGUCGGGGGAGCUGACCUACGAUGACCUGGUGCGCUUGGAGAUUGCAGAGGAGCGCCAGUACCUGCGGGAGCUUGACCUCAUCAUCAAGGUGUUCCGACAUCACUUCCUGUUCAACAACAAGAUCUUCACGCCUCAGGAUGUUGAGGUUAUCUUCAGCAACAUUUCGGACAUUCAUGAGCUGACGGUCAAACUUCUGGGGCUGAUAGAGGACGCAGUGGAGAUGACCGCUGACACUAGCCCUCAUCCUCUGGUGGGCAGCUGCUUCGAGGACCUGGCAGAGGAGCAGGCGUUUGAUCCGUAUGAGACCCUGUCUCAGGACAUCCUGUCCAGACAGUUCCACGAGCACUUCAGCAGCCUGAUGGCCCGGCCUACUGUAGGACUAUACUUCCAGUCCAUAGCUGAAGGUUUCAAGGAGGCAGUUCAGUACGUCCUGCCACAGCUCAUGAUGGUUCCUGUAUACCACUGUUUGCACUACUUUGAACUACUGCAGCAGCUGCAGGAGCACAGUGAGGAGCAGGACGACAGAGAGGGUCUGAAGCAGGCCAUCACCGCUCUGCUCAACCUCCAGUGUAGCGUGGAACGCAUCUACACCAAACACCUGCCCCGACGCAAGCCUGG